AUGCCGAACUCUGUCCCGGCCCCCAUGCCAACUAACGGCACCACGACCACCCAGUCGACUCGUCGUCCACAUAAGACGCGCUACCAGCAGGAAGAAGAAGCGAUGGGAGGGCCGAUCCAGCGGCGUACGGAUAUCAGCUCGCACGGUAACUGGCGGUUUGGACGGAUGAUCGGGAAGGGAGCUUCAGGUCGCGUGAAGCUUGCCCAUCAUAUGAUCACGCAGCAAGUUGCGUGCGUGAAGAUCGUCCCCAAGUCUGCUAUCCUCACGUCCCGCGUCUCCUUGUCUGCCAUUGCAGAAGGGGUGGAGAAGGACGAGCGUCUCAUGAUGGCCAUCGAGCGCGAAAUCUGCAUCAUGAAGUUGAUCGAUCACCCUCACCUAGUGAAGCUUUUUGAUGUGUUCGAGACUGAUACCGACAUGUACAUGCUGCUUGAAUACGUGCCCAAUGGCGAGCUCUUCGACCAUAUAUGCGCUCGUGGUCGUCUGCCCGUUGCCGAGGCCCUUCACUACUUCCGCCAAAUUAUGCGGGGCAUAGACUAUUGCCACCGUUUCAGUAUCGCUCACCGGGAUCUGAAGCCCGAAAACUUGCUUCUUGACGAGGACAUGAACGUCAAAAUCGCCGACUUCGGCAUGGCGACCUUCCAGUGGGAUGGUGCUAUGCUGGAGACAAGUUGUGGCAGUCCACACUACGCCGCUCCUGAGAUCAUUUCCGGGAAGCCAUAUCACGGUUCCGCCGCUGAUAUCUGGUCGUGUGGCAUCAUCCUCCAUGCCCUUCUCACUGGUCGUCUCCCUUUCGACGAUCCCAACAUCCGUAUACUCCUGAAGAAAGUCAAGGAGGGAAAGUUUGACAUGCCACGUACCAUUCCGUACGAAGCGCAAGAUCUGAUGCGCCGCAUGAUUGAGACUGAUCCGGAGAAGCGCAUCAAAAUGCUCGACAUAUUCAAGCACCCAUUCUUCACUUCCGCGAAUCCGCCUCUGUCAUCGUUGCCGCCGGUGCCCAUACCUCCUACUCGUGACGACCUCUGCCGUCCUAUCUAUCCAAAGUCGACUUCCGAACUUGAUAUCGUCAGAGGACUACGUUCUCUUUGGCGCAACCGCGACGAAGACGAGAUACUGCAAGCCUUGUUCGAUAGCGAAGGGAACUGGGAGAAGGUGUUUUAUUGGCUGCUUUGCAAGUAUCACGAGCGGCUUCGUGCACUGAGCGGAGAAGCUUCGGCCAAUAGUUCAGAAGCCUCCGUCCAAAGUGACUCCACGCCCACUCCAACGAAGGGCACCCCCAAUCCCGUUAGUCCCAGGAGUUCACUUGAAGUUCGUCGUCUCCAGGGUACUCCCACGCCGCCUUCUCGAGCCGUCGCACUGAACGCAACAUCGAAGAAAUCGACACCCGUGCCAGACGUUUCUAUACCCCCCGUCCAGGCAGUUUGCCCGUCCCUCCCCGACCGAGGAACACUUCGUUCUUUCCUUCCUGUUUUCGAUGAGUUUUCUGGGGACUUGCCCAAGAAUGCUCCUCCAUCUACUUCUCCUAUGGACAUUGAUGUCACGGAGAAGUCCCACCAGACGUGCGAAUCCGUGUCUCCGAUGAAAGUCGAUCCUGCGUCGUGUUCUGUCUAUGCGUCCACGGUCUAUGGCUCCGAUGAACAAUCAAGCACUACAGAUGAGCCUUAUAUCAGCGCGAUCAACGAUGUCCUCGAUAUAUGCGCUGCAUCUACGCCGAAAUCGGCCCAACCACGCCUGGAUCUCUCGCUGCCGCACAUUGAAGAACAGGCACCUCUAAGGGAUGAGCUUAUCGGUCUUGGAUUGCACCUUGCCAUGGAUACGACCGUGCUAUCCGACGUUAGCAUGAUUCAUUCUCCGUCAGACAAAGAGGUUACAAAGGAGGAAGAGGCACCUGAAAAUCGCCUGAGCGCGGCACUUCAGCCCCCAGCACCCUCAACUCUUCCGAGUACGGUAAUGGGUCUUCGUAUUCCCGACGUGCCCAAAGAGGACGUAGCCAUGCAGGAAUUCCUUCGUGCUUUGAAACGUAAGACGGAGGCUGCUGAGCAACCACGCACAUCUGUGCCUGAGGAGGCAUCAACACCAUCAGCCGGAAAUCGGACCGAUGAGUCUACAUGGAUCAAUGUCUCGCCUCCGCCCGCGAACGUGGAUAAUCGUACCAGCGCUGCAGGUUACCGUCGUCGUUCUACUGCCCCGUGUCCCCAGCCUCAGAGAACCAAGACUCUUCCACUUCCGAACGAAGGUGCAUGCUCUCAUGUCAAAUCUCCGCGCUCGGCUCGUAUCACAUUCUCUCCGGACUUGACUUCUCGUGGGGAACCCGAAUAUCGUCCCAGUUCAAGUCAUCAGCGCCGCAUGACUGUGCUCUCUUACUCGACGCAACCGCGCAAUCAUGAUCGCUCGUGCGAUGGCAAGGAAAAUGUGCCGUGCGAAGCAAAGCCACGCCGUAAUACAGGCAUUGGUUUGGGGUAUGCCGGCUCUCAGGGCGACAGCGCACGGCGUGUCAGCGAGGUCCCGAUGCCCGGUGCUUUCUCUGGUGACCCAAUGGCUCAUUGCACGGAUUUCCAGAAGGCACGGUAUCCUCCUCUGCCGCCUCUGCACCUGCAAAACGUGCGCACCACAAUGCCUUACAUGCACCCGUCUGCUCAGCACUUCCAUCCCGUUCAUCAGUAUGGAUAUCAACAGCCUUCUACUUUGUUCUCUCCUCCGCCUUCGCGCUUCGGCUCCCCACCUCUGUCCGGUCAGUCUGCCCAGUAUCCGUUCCCAGCUUCUCAGUCACCGCCUCUGCCCACCCCGGUAUCUUCUAUGGGAUCGGAAAAUAAGGUCAACUGGCUUGCAAAUCUUUUCCGAGGCAAAGGGGAGCGGUAUCACUUGACCUCGUCCAUGGGCAUCAUCGAUACGAGGGCUGAAUGUCAUCGCCUACUCCGGAGCAUGGAGGUGUAUACGAUGAUUGAAGAGGAGGGUGCUGGAAGCGGAAGCUGGGCUCUUAAGUGCUGGACGACUGAGUCUCUUACGUCUCCGUGGUUCAAGCCUGUCAAGUUCAGAAUCCAAUUCAGCGGGGCGGGCCAAUCCCUCACGCCUCCUGGUUCCAACCCUUUGUUGACUCCUCUGACUCCCUCGGUUGCUGCAUCUCCUGAUCCUAAUCAGAACUUCAGCGGUCCGACUGUAAUGACUUUCGCUCUAGAGAGGGGUGCUUCUGCGACGCUUCGUGCUGUGUUUGCUCGUCUUCGUGCGGAGUGGAGUGGUGCGAACGUCAUCAGAAGUCCUGAUCUUGGAGCCACGACCGGCCUCGGUAUCGGUGGAUUUGUCGGCAAUGCCGGCUAUGUUCCUGUGUAUGAGUAAUCCGCGCCUCGAACCGCGCCUCGAACUGCUUGACCACCGGUUUGUACGUUGUGUACGAGUAGACCCUUCUUGGAGUACUUCGCCCCACCACGAUCACCACCAUAUGCCUACUUUGCACUUCUCAGCUUUUCCUUGUAUCAUUAUGACUGCAUGCGGAGCAUCGAGCCUCUGCCCACUUUUCACGCACAAUAUGGAAGGAUAGGAUACAUCCA